UUCUAGUUCUAAACCCUCUCUAAAUAACCCUAUCGUCACCCCCAAAAGGGCCAAAACCCCUAAUUCUCCACCGUCUCUGUCUUCCGGCGAAGCUUAUCAAUGGCAUUAUCGAAGCCGGCCUUCUUCACCCACCUCAAAACCCUAACCGGUUCCCACCAUUUACUCCAGCGCCAAGCUCUGGCACCAUUUCCUAUCGUCACUCUCCGAUUUCUCUCUUUUGCAUCGGCUGAGGAAGCUGAUGCCGAACGACGCCGUCGUAAGCGCCGCCUCCGCAUCGAACCCCCGCUCUCUUCUUCCUCUGCCGCUCGUCCACUAACGCAGCCUCCUAGAUCUCAAACCCCACAAAACCCUAAUGCCCCGAAAAUUCCUGAGCACAUCUCUGCUCUCUCUGGUAAUCGUCUUAACCUCCACAAUCGCAUUCUCACUCUCAUUCGUGAAAAUGAUCUUGAAGAAGCCGCGCUUUUCACUCGUCAUUCAAUUUAUUCCAAUUGUCGUCCCACCAUCUUCACCGUCAAUGCGGUUCUCAAUGCACAGCUUCGUCAAUCGAAAUAUGCCGAUUUGCUUUCACUUCACCGGUUUAUUACACAGGCUGGUGUCGUCCCUAAUAUAAUCACUCACAAUUUGAUUUUUCAGACUUAUUUGGAUUGCCGUAAGCCUGAUACGGCAAUGGAACAUUACAAGCAGUUGAUCAAUGAUGCACCUUUCAACCCCUCGCCGACGACUUAUAGGAUCUUGAUUAAGGGGUUGGUAGACAAUAACAAGUUGGAGAGGGCAAUGGAGCUUAAAGACGAAAUGAUUGAGAAAGGUUUUGCUCCUGACCCUCUUAUUUAUCAUUAUCUGAUGGGGGGAUGUGUGAGAAGUUUGGAUCCUGAUGGAGUUUUUAAGCUUUUUGAAGAGUUGAAAGAAAAGUUGGGAGCGACUGUGGAAGAUGGAGUUGUUUAUGGGAACUUGAUGAAAGGGUAUUUUAUGAAAGAAAUGGAAGAGGAAGCAAUGAAGUGUUAUGAGGAGACUGUGGGUGAUAAUUCAGUGGUGAAGAUGAGUGCCAUUGCAUACAAUUCUGUGCUUGAUGCAUUAUGCAGGAAUGGGAAAUUUGGUGAGGCUUUGACAUUGUUUGAUAGGAUGACAAAAGAGCAUCGUCCGCCCAGGCAUCUGGCAGUGAACUUGGGAAGCUUUAAUGUUAUGGUUGAUGGGUACUGCAUCGAAGGGAGGUUCAAAGAGGCCAUUGAAGUAUUUGAGAAGAUGGGUGAUUAUAGGUGUUGCCCAGAUACGUUAUCAUUCAAUAAUUUGAUCGAACAAUUAUGUAAUAAUGGAAUGUUGGCUGAAGCUGAGAUGCUUUACGGAACAAUGGAUGAUAAGGGAGUAAACCCGGACGAGUUUACUUAUGGUUUGUUGAUGGAUUCUUGCUUUAAAAAAAACAGGGCAGAUGAUGCAGCUGCAUAUUUUAGAAAAAUGGUAGAUUCUGGACUCAGACCCAAUAUAGCAGUUUAUAAUAUAUUAGUGGACGAGUUGGUUAAAUUAGGGAAGAUCGACGACGCAAAGUCUUUCUUUGAUUUGAUGGUGAAGAAGCUCAAAAUGGAUGCCUCGAGCUAUCAGUUUAUAAUGAAAGCGUUGAGUGAAUCAGGAAAAAUGGACGAAAUACUAAAUGUGGUCGAUACCCUUCUUGAUGAUGAUGGGAUUGAAUUUUCGGAAGAGCUGCAGGAGUUCGUGAGAGGUGAGUUGAGGAAGGAAAACAGGGAAGAAGAUCUAGCUAAACUUGUGGAAGAGAAAGAAAGACUGAAAGCUGAAGCUAAGGCAAAGGAGGCUGAAGCAGCAGAGGCACAGAAGAGAAGUGCUAAAGCUGCUGUUUCUUCUUUACUGUCAUCCAAGUUGUUUGCGAACAAGGAAGGUGAGAAAGAAUCUGUAGUGAAUGAAAUGCAAUCUGUUGAACAAGAAGACGACAGUGGUAAAACUGAACUUGCGGAAUCAAGUCCUUGAAGAAAUUGCGUAGUAGAGGGGAAAGUACUGAAGAGCGAGAAUUAAACUGUUUAGACAUGGAAGAACAGGAGAAUUAAACUGUUUAGACAUGGAAGAACAGGUGAAAUUCACAUCAGAUUUUGUGUUAGUUGUUGCUUCGAUUUGCAUGGGAAUGUGAUCUGUUUUCCAUUUCUGUUAACUUUAAAUUAUUCUCGUUGUUACAUUACAUGGAAAUGUGAUCCGCUCUUGGUUCUCUUAACCAAUUAGGCAAGAGAAAUCUGUACGACAAAAAGAAAAUUGAUAGACUUCUUUACCUUGCAUUUUUGCUUA